AUGAAUUCGUACGAUGCAUACUUACGGUCAAAAGGUACAUAUCACAAUCAACGAAACUUUCAUGAAUCAAAUUAUAAUAGUAAACUACGCUCUUUAAUGAGUUAUUCAGAUGAAUCAAUGGACGGUAAUUCUUUUGUUCCACUUGAUCAUGACCACGAUUCUAAAUUUCCAAGUAUUGAUUCAAAGGAUGUCGAUAAAGUUCAUAAAAAACGACUACGAUCAUCAAUAUGUUCCAGUGAAUCAUCAUCAGGAGCGGAUCUUAUUGAUGAAGAUUCAAUGGAAAUACCUGCAAUGAAGUCAGAAGCACUUACUAUUCGAUCUUACAAUACUUUGAAACCAUCAUCCUCAACAUAUCCUCGCAAAGUAAUCAUAAAAUCUGUAGAUAUAAAAUUGACAAGUAUAUAUAAGCCUAAAUCACGACCACGUCAACGACGACGACGACAACGUCGAUUUCCAAGAAGCGAACGAAAUAACUUUUUUCGUGAAAAUGAAUUCAUUCCUCAAAAACAAUCUUCAUCACAUUUUCCAAGAAAUAGAGAUCAUCAUUCAUCCUCUGAUCAACAAAAGAAUGAAGAUCAUAAAUUAAAAUAUUUAUAUGAGGACUAUUCAAGUGAAAAUGUUCACAAAACAUGGAAACCUUUACCUCUUUCAGAAUCUCGAAAACUUUUUGAAUAUGCUCUUGAUAAAUAUCAUGGAAAAUUUCGUUCUAUUUAA